ACAAGAGUCAACUUCCAGCCUCUUCAGCUUUUCAGAGUUACAAACAAGUGCAGCACGGAGUCUGACUGAGCCCGCUGAGCUGCUCUGACACCCCGGUUUCCCUCCUCGAGGGGAUGGUUGUGGAUCCCCUGGGGCCAGGAGCGACUCUGUGGCUCCUACAGAAUAACACCUUUUUCUUGUUUGGGGUUAAAUCUAAAUUAAAGGGAGAUGAGAGCCGCACUUUGUUACUUCCUGCUGUGGACGACGUACCUGCUGCUGGCCACCUCUGAGGAAGUGGAGUUUCCCCAGGAGCUGAUAGACAGACUGUCCCACAGUGAAAUCCACAGCAUCAGCGACCUCCAGCGGCUACUAGAGAUUGACUCCGUAGGUACGGGAAACGAUGUUAUUGAGGAGCCCAAGCAUCACAAGCACCACAACCACCAUAAGAACUAUUCCCGUCAUCCUGGUUACUACAAUGAACUGAAGAGCUCCCAGCUCCACAGCCGACGCAAGAGGAGUCUCGUGGAAGAGGCGGUCCCAGCAGUGUGUAAGACGCGGACGGUGAUCUACGAGAUCCCCAGGAGCCAGGUGGAUCCCACAUCUGCUAACUUCCUGAUAUGGCCGCCCUGUGUGGAGGUGAAGCGCUGCACGGGCUGCUGCAACACCAGUAACAUGCGCUGUCAUCCUUCCCGCAAGCACCACCGCACCGUGAAGGUGGCCAAGGUGGAGUACGUGAGAAGGAGACCCAAGCUGAAAGAGGUCUUUGUGCGGUUAGAAGACCACCUGGAGUGUGUGUGCACGUCACAGCAUCAUGUGGUGGAGCACUCAGAUGCAGAAACAGUGGACGUGAGGUGAGACCUAUCGUAACAAGGGACUUUAGCAUUGGAGGGACCUAAAUGGAGGAUGCCAGCAACUGGAGACCUGCUGUGUCCUCUUCCCCACCACCAUGCUACCUUCGUUUGAAAAAUAGAAAACUUUUCUGUAAAGAUGAGU